GGCACGACAGCUGGAAACGUCCGCCUUGACCAUGGCGCGCUCGGCAGGAAGUCCAUUUUUCUGACAAGCUUUCACGUUUUUUGGAUCACGCUGCUUUCGAUGGCAAAGAGGAAAGAUUUGAAAGAGAUUGAGAGGAUGCAUUGAAAAGACUCUUCAACUUUACCUCUCAGCUCAUCCUGAUGGAUUGUCUUAAAUUCACCAGAGGGAAUGAGACUUCUCAUGGACGGGAGGGCUACUCCUGGCAGAUCUCGGUGCCUCUGACGAUCCUGGUGUGCUUGCUCAUCCUGCUGACAGUGAUGGGCAACGUCAUGGUGGUGAUCGCGGUGACCACCAGCCGAGCCUUGAGAGCCCCCCAGAACUUGUUUCUGGUGUCGCUGGCGAGCGCAGACAUCCUCGUCGCCACGUCGGUGAUGCCCUUUUCGUUGGCGAAAGAGCUGAUGGGAUACUGGUACUUUGGCAAGGUGUGGUGUGAGAUCCACCUGGCGUUGGACGUGCUGUUCUGCACCUCGUCCAUCGUCCACCUGUGCGCCAUCAGCCUGGACAGGUACUGGUCAGUCACCCAAGCCAUUAAGUACAACCUGAAAAGGACGCCAGGUCGGAUCAAGUGCACCAUCGUCAUCGUUUGGGUGUUGGCUUGUCUUAUUUCAUUCCCUCCUCUCAUCACGAUGGAGAAGGACGAGGGCGAGGAGGACAGACCGGACUGUAAAAUCAACGACGAGAGGUGGUACAUCAUCUUCUCCAGCAUCGCCUCCUUCUUCACACCGUGCGUCAUCAUGAUCACGGUGUACGUAAGAAUCUACCAGAUCGCCACCAGAAGCACAAGAGCUCCUCUGGGCCAAAGAAAGAGAGAGAACGGUAAUGCUGAGAAGUGUGAUCUGGACCCCGCAGAGAGGAACCAUGACAGGCUCCAAGAAGAGGUCAGAGAAGUCAACGACGGCGACGUGGAUGAAGAGGCCUCGUCUUCAGAUGGGAACGAGAUCUCCAUCUGUUCCCUGAAGAGAAGAAAGGGCGCGCAGAAGAGCAAAGUGGCUCAGGGGAAGCCGGGGGAAGCUGCCACAAAGCCCAGCGCCGUUCAAGCCAGCAAGUGGAAGGGAAGACAGUACAGAGAGAGACGCUUCACGUUUGUUCUGGCAGUGGUCAUGGGGGUGUUUGUUCUCUGCUGGUUCCCUUUCUUCUUCACGUACACGCUGGCUGCCGUGUGCGACUCCUGCUGUGUCCCCAAGGUGCUCUUUAAAACCUUCUUCUGGUUCGGCUACUGCAACAGCUCGCUCAACCCUGUCAUCUACACCAUCUUCAACCACGAUUUCCGCAGGUCUUUUAAGAAGAUCCUCUGCAGAAACAACAGAAGAGGCUGAUUCUACCGAGACGUAAUAUUUCAGAAUGUAACUGUGAUGAGUCAUUUGUUGUUGUUUUGCUCUAUCAAUGACAAUUAUUCGUAAAAGUGUCAUAAAAUGUCACUACGGCAAAGUAUCUCAAUACUCACUGUAAAAUCUAAAAUCCCGGAUGAAUAUAUUCAAAUCUGUCUUUUCUUUUUCUUAAACAAAUCAAAAUAAAACCUCAUUUUUGUUGC